GCUGCUGCUCGCAGCAGCAGGUGCAUCCACCAAGCGAGAGGUGCAUCGACUUCGAAGCCUAUAUGUCGAGGCUGACGAAUUCUUCUCGUGUGAGUUCAAAAUAACGGGGGCCCGUCGCGACGAACACCUGUUUCCUGCCUCUCGCGCGAUGUCGCGCGCCGCCCGCGCCGUUCCCGCAACACCGAGGGUCGCGCGUCGCGGUUAGAGCGACCUGGCGGUCACCCACAUCUGACACGGCCCGUCUAUCCCUCGGUACUUUUGUGUGUGCUUCCGAGUGGUCGGAUGUGACUGUAAUACAGGCAUAGGCGAGACAAAAUCACGGAGUUCGCUGGUGCGAUACGUCGACGUAAGAUGGAUCCAAGGGGCCCUCCUGAGGGGGCCCCUGCCGAGUCCUUCGAGAUAUCCAGCAUCGACAGGGGGGCUGACAUCUCGGUGAAUUGGCCUACGGAUCACCCCUUCGCCUCGUCCCUGUGCGAGCAACCGAAGAAGCUGAACAACAGGCUUCUGUUCCUGACUGUGGAAUAUGUGGAGGAUCAGUCCCGAUUGUUUCCCACGUAUGAACAGAUCUCCUUUUCCCCGAGGGCGGCCUCUCCUCUGUCCGAAUUCGAGCAUCGAGUCAGCCCGCUGGACCCAAAUAUGAGCUCUGCUGCUAGAUACUCCCCCACGCCGGUCCAACUGCCUUCUUCUCCUUUCCACAACUCCGUUGUCGUGCUCCAAGGCCCGUCCUCGCCCUUAAUGUCCCAGCCCGAACCAAAUAUACGAACGAGCAUCAAUUAUGUGACUCAGCUGGCUCACCCGAUCGACACUCAGACCGUACCUCAGACGGAUACCACUACAGACUUUGUGGGCAAUGGGAACGAGGAUGGGCUAGUGUCCAGCGUCAGCAACGAAUUGAUUUUAAUGCAGGAAACUGCACCUGAAUUGGAAUCUUCAACGACUCCCUUAAUGCUAACAGGAAUACCGGGCACAGAUUUCGCUCUGACUAGGGACUUCUUGGUGAUGCAGGAUGAUCAAAUAAACGUUAUCAACACGUUUAAAAAUCAGAGUAUAGAGAUGGAGGACAACCCUAUUACUUUACCAUCUAUUGCCGAAGACGCGAAUAAAGAAAACAACAAUCUUGCUUUGUCAGAGUGUGAUAAAGAAAUUCGACAAAUUGCCAAAGAACCACCGUCCACCGAGAAGAAGAAAGUAGUUGAGAAAAAAGAUGUAAGGAGAUCCAAACGGCAUAUAACAGAUAAAAAAGAUUUCUGGGGCGACGACGAAUACGACGGUAAUUGUGCCAAAGACGACAGCUCUAAUUUGACCGACGUAUGCGCAAUCGCGGAUCAACCUGUGCCAUCGCGUGCUGUAGCAACACUGCCAGGAUCAUAUCUUUUGUUAAACAAGCUAUCUACUUCGCAUGCUGCAGCGAAUAGCGUGACCUAUGGGGUUUUUGCGAAACGUAAUAUUCGAAGGCGCACGCAAUUCGGACCCAUAGAAGGUCUAUUGUGCCCUUACGACGGGUCACCUUUCGAGAACGCUUUGCCACUGCUCUAUGAAACUGAGACCGGGGAAUUCCUGAAAGUGGACGUUUCCAAUGAAAACACUUCGAACUGGAUGCGUUUUGUACGGCCCGCGCUGACGUAUAAGGAGCAAAACUUGAUCAUUUGUCAGCAGAAAGAUGGAAUAGUGUUUUUGACUAAUAGAAACAUUUCGCCAAAGGAAGAAUUAAAGGCAGGUCCUAGUCCAGACUACGCAAGUCGCAGAAAUUUGCCGAUAUUUAAACCAGAUGCAAAAGAUGAAAAAGGUAUAAAGAAUUCGGAAGUGGCGAACCAAAUAUCUACAUGGCCGCGUUUAGAUGGCAACUCUUAUAAUCGACGCAUAAAAAUGUUUCGCGACAGAAACGUGAAAGAAAAGGAGAAUUCGCGACAGAACAAAUGCGACAAGGAAUGGAAAUGUUCCGUGUGCAGCUUGAUUUUCAGAAAGCCAUCCCUGCUUAACUUGCACGCAGCCGUUCAUUCUUCUAUCGAUAUCAAAAUUGAAAAUCAAAGUCAACUCCAGUCCGCAUGCCCGCAGUGUGGAUUGGAGUUCCAGAAGCAAAGCGAAUUGGUGAAUCAUGUGUCUCAGCACGGGCGAACGGCGUUACCUAAAGCAAAGAGAUUAAAUCCUUUAGGUUCAUACAAGUGUUCAAUGUGUUACAAACGUUUCGCUACAAAGAUACGAUUACAACAGCACUGCUUGGCGCAUGGUGCUGAAGACCAAAAACCACUGCCAUGCAGUAUCUGCUUGAAACGAUUUAUGAACAACUCCGCGUUGUCCGGUCAUCUGAAAACGCAUAAAGAAAAUAAACAGGUUUUCGAGUGCCCAAUGUGCAGGCAGCUAUUUCGCCAAAGUACGAUGCUGAAGGAUCACGUUGAGACACAUAGAAAUCAAGACGGUAUAUUCAAUUGCCCUCACUGCCAGCGAACAUUUAUCAAAUAUUCGGUCAUUCGUAAACACAUUCGGGCACAUCACUGCGAGAGGAAGCACAAGUGUCAGCAUUGUGCAAAACGUUUCCCGACGGUCGACAAGUUGCGAAUGCAUUUGCUGAAACACUCUGAUCACAGAGAAUUUCAUUGCGCGAACUGUGGUAAACGGUUCAAGAGAAAGGACAAAUUGAAGGAACACAUGACUAAAAUACACCAUUCCCAAACGGUUAAUGGAGAACAAAUAACACAGAACAAUCAAGCGAAAAAAUUUGUGCCAAAGGUGAACCCGAACGAUUACAAUCGCUUUAUUUACAAAUGUCAUCAAUGCCUGGUGGGUUUCAAACGAAGAGGAAUGCUGGUGAAUCACCUAGCGAAGCGGCAUCCCGAUGUCGCCCCCGAAUCUGUGCCGGAAUUGAACUUACCUAUCCUGCGACAAACCAGAGACUACUAUUGCCAAUAUUGCGACAAGGUCUAUAAGAGUAGCAGUAAACGUAAAGCGCAUAUUAUGAAGAACCAUCCUGGCGCGGCCUUGCCGCCUAGCAAUCGGCAAAAGGAGUCGGAAUUUUCAGGACUGCCGAAUCCAAGCUUCAGUCAGACAGUGGGCAGCAUCACGACUAGUCCUCAAGGUUGUCAGUGGUGCCAUAAACAGUACGCCAGCAAGGCCAAACUCUUGCAACAUCAACGCAAGAAGCACGCACACCUGAUGGAGCCGGCGGAUCAAAUACCGCGAUCGCGGAACCGGCCGCCGCAAAAUCAAAAUCAACCACCCGCGCUGAACGAUAACAACUUUGUGAUAUCCGAUUAUAUACAAGGAUGCGACGGGGAUUUCCUGAAGCAGAAAAUAAUCAAAAUAACUAACGACGUUGAUCUGAUAGGCAACGGAGGUUUGGAGACGAUCGGUCAGCAGUUUGUGCGUAUGCGCGACAUACGUUGAGGAAAAGCGCGACAUCCUCGACACGGAGGAUGAGCGUCGCCAAUUUAUCGAGAUAUGAAUCUCGCGACCUUUGUACGCAGUCGAGAUAGGCUGUGUUUUUUUGCUGCCGUUACCAAAUCGUGGCGACGUCGCCUGGACGGAGCGGCGAAGCGUGUCGCCCGAGAAUAUUUGGGAAUAUUACGCGGCUUUGUGUCAGCGUCAGUGCGAAACACUGGGCGCUGUUUUGUUGGUUGUACACGUUGGUCGAUCGACAAUGACGACGGUUACCGAUGAUAAUUAGUGGCUUUGGCGGAUUUGUUGGAAACGGAGCACGCAGUUUUAAGAAUACUUUGACCGAGCCUCGAAACGAAAAAAAGAGAGAGACGCCUAAAAACGUUGACUGAAAACCAACGAGGCUCGAAUCUACUCUGCGACGGAGAACAUUGUAGUCUCGUACAAUUGUUGAGAUCUUUUCUUGAAGUAUUAAGAAUACCGUAAAGAGGAAAAGGAAAAAAAAAGGUAGAACAAGUCCUGGUACUAUCGGCACGCCAUUUGCGCUAGGCCUGGUAGUUUUACUUUUAAAAUCCGAUGUCAUUCGAGUGUGAAGUAGAUGGACGAAAUUUAAGCGACGAAGUUUAAAGCGAUGUUAAAAAAAAAAAUACCGGCUUAAAUCUGGUGGCGGACGGGUCCGCUGCGUCUUAGAUCAGCGUGACUUCUUCCGUACAACGGUGAUUGGACGAGUAAUGUUAAAGAUUCAUUAUUCGCAACGUAUUUGGCUUCACUUAACGGCGAGCGAUUGUCUGUAGAUUACGUGAAAGCUUGCAAUCUCUGCAAAGCAUCGUCCAUUUCACUUUUGCUCUUUCUCUAUUUCUCUCUCUCUCUCGUAAUUCCAAGAUCUCGUAAACGCUUGCGUCCACGUUCUCAUUUUAGAGUAAUAUACAAGUAACAUGCGUUCUUAGAUCUUCAACGGAACAUACUGUUUUCACGUAAUCGUUUCGUAAUCGCUGGUCUCAUCCAGGUAUGAGUCUAGUCGUCACAGCCGAGAGCUCGUUUGAAUCGUCAGCUCGAGAUGUCCGAUUUAAACCGACCGUACGGUACCGUAGUUACGUAGCCAAGGGAACUUUCGCCCUCGCAAUUUUACGAACAGCAGGAGCAACAAGUACGUGUAUUUUAAGCUGUGUAUUCCUGGCCGCGCGUUCACUCACACGUAAGCACACGUAUACCAAGAGUUUCCGCAAAGAUUGUCCAAAGAUUGUGUAUUCCGCAGCGGUGUCUGAAUUCGGAUAAUUGUGUCCUCUCGUAAAACCCUAUCCGGUUGGUGUGUAAGUAAAAAAAAAAACCCGCACGAACGAUUUUCACACUCAGAGAAAUUCACCGACGAAACGACGACGUUGAAUUUAUUUUACACGCGGUAUUAUACACGAGAUACAUUGUCGCAAUUACGAAGACAGGAGAUUGCAUGUUUGUCGAUGUCCGUUGAGUACAUGGAGGACUGUACUGUAAACAUGACUUAAAUAAAGUUAUUCGAUGAGCGAUA